AUGAAUGAUAACACAUAUGGAUUAACCAUAGAAAUUGAGCAAGCACACCAGAUGAAUGUACACUUUCUAGAUAUUGACAUCAAGGUUGAAGAGGCCAUAAUUUGCACUGCAGUGUACCAAAAGUUAGGAGCAAAGGGCAUAUACAUAUCAGUAGGAUCAUGUGACCCACCACAGUAUAAAGUUGCACCAUUUAAAGCCCUGAUUAAGAGAGCACACAUGCACUCUUUUACUGAGCAAGCCCUACACUCGGAGCUAAGGCUCACAAAUCAAAUAGCCUCUAAGCAUGGAUACAACAUGCUCAUACCCAAGUUAAUUCAUCGAUACCAAAACCCAGCUCAAGACAUACCACAAAGGGAGGAACAACAAGAUUUAGAUAAGAUCAUUCCAGUCACUUAUAAUCCAUAUAUUAGAGGACAGUAUGAUGCAAUUGAUGCAGAUGAAAUCAAAAGGCUUGGAAAAAGAUUCAGGAAAUUAGAUCUGGACAAUUCUGGAUCUCUUAGUGUUGAUGAAUUCAUGUCACUUCCUGAAUUACAACAAAAUCCGUUAGUUCAACGUGUUAUUGACAUAUUUGAUACAGAUGGAAAUGGAGAAGUUGAUUUUAAAGAAUUUAUUCAAGGUGUAUCUCAAUUCAGUGUAAAAGGUGAUAAAGAAUCAAAAUUAAGGUUUGCAUUCCGAAUAUAUGAUAUGGAUAAUGAUGGUUAUAUUUCAAAUUCUGAGUUAUUUACUGUACUGAAAAUGAUGGUAGGAAACAAUCUUAAAGAUGCCCAGUUGCAACAGAUUGUAGACAAAACAAUUUUGUUUGCGGAUAAAGAUGAAGAUGGAAUGAUUUCUUUUGAUGAAUUUUGUGCUGUAGUUGGUAACACAGAUAUCCAUAAGAAGAUGGUGGUGGAUGUGUAACUCCCUUUUAAUCCAACAAAAAAAUCUCAAGACAUUUCCAUGUACAGUUUGCCUUUCCCUUUUACUUCUAAGUCUUCAAGUUACAGUUUUUUAAACAUUAGCAAUUUAAAUGUGAAAAGUUUGCUGAUGUUAAAAAGUUUCCCUCCUUCACCAUUAUACAUAUGCAAAAUACAUUUCAUUCUUUUGUAUAUUUUCUAAAUUAGCCAUUGAAUCCAUGUAAAAAAUCACCUGAAAUAUGAUAAAACAUAUCUCGUCACCAUUUUCCUUCUUGCAUAAUUUACACUCCCCUGUAUAUUUAUUGUGACAAUAUAAAGUUUUCUUGAAUGUUUUAGUUUUUU